CAGGAGACCAGAGUGGAGGAUGCAGAAAAGAAGGGAAGGAGUGGAGAAGCAGGGAGGACAAGAGUCGGCGCUGCGCCCGCCGGCCGCAGGGCAUACUGGGAAUUGGAGUCUUGUCUUUCCCCACCCGGGGGCAAGCUGAAGCGCGUCUGACUACAACUCCCAAAAGGCACCGCGGGGAAGCCUAGAGGGGAGAGGCUGGCUUUUACUUCAGAGAGUCGAGGGCACCAGAGGUUGGGCCGCUUUGUUCCGCGUAGCUCUCCGCCUUCUCGGCCAACGGCAAAUCUAACCGACCUGAGCUGGAGUGGGGACGCUGGGAGUAGAAAUGCCCUGAGAGCUUCCUGGCGGAGGUGCAGAAAAGACAUGGUGGUGAGGCGCUUGAGUUUGGAGACGCACGAAACUGGGUUCUUUGAGCUCAGUUGCUCCCCGUGAAAUCGGAAUAAUGCGCUUUCCAGAGCAUUUUCUCGAAUUAGGAGUUAAUUCGAUCCAGUGCGCCUUCCUCGGCACACUAGAAGACGAAAGCUCAAUGAGAUUAAGAAAUUUGCCCACAGCCAGACAUCUAGAAAGUGCCCGAACUGGGAGUUGAAGUUCAUUUGCCAGUGACCAGGAAUCAAAAUGACCCAGGGAUGGUACCCGCUCUGCAGUGACCAGGCCUGGGGAACUGCACUGCUUCUCGUGAUGGUUUUGCACUCCGGGGAGAACCAGAAUACCGGUUUCCUAGUUGCUCAUCUCAGGACUUAAUGAAGCUCAGGUUCUUUAUGUCUUGGCACAGAAGGAAUUCAGCGAGAGGCAAAGUGAUAGGUUUUUGGACUCUGCUGUGAAGACUGGUUUGCUGGUAUGCCAGAGGCAAGAUGCUAAGAAGCCCAGCUUUGCUCACCAACUUCUGCAUCACAUCUGGUGAGGGGCGUUGGAGUCUCUCCCCAAGGUGGGGUUUGGGAGGCUUCUAAUUUCCAAGACAAAACCAGUCUUGAUCUGGCCUUACCUGGGGGCAGUUGUUGAAGUUCUGAAAAUACCCAGUACAGAGCACCUGGGCGCAGUUCUCACGGAUGCCGGCAGCCAAUACCGUCUGAGAGGCUGCUCUUGAAAAGGCCCAGCUCUCCACAUGUCCUGGAGAAACUGGAUCCCCUCUUUUUUCUCUGAGUCCCCAGAGGUCCAAGCGCCAUCCAAGAGUAAAAUGGAAGAGAAAAACAGAAGACUUUUGAACAUAUUCCUAAAAGCUUGGUGGCAAGCCUCUGGGGCUUUAAGCAAGGGAUAGACAUGCUCACACUCAGAUCUGGGAAGGCUCACUCUGGCUGAAACUCGGAGAAGGGAUCUGACCAGGGCAAGACUGGAGGCAGUGAGAUAAGAGCACUGUGGUGGAUGCUAGGGUCAUCUGAAUAAACAAGAAAACCAGUCAUGGACCUUACGUCAAGUCAAGUGGCCAAGACAGACGUUAAACACACGAGGACAAAAAUUAUGGUUUAUUUCUAGUUGUGUAACCCAGACACCAUGCAAGAGAGGCCCAAUCUAGACCAAGGGAGAGGAACCGAGGCCCCCAGCCAAUAGCCAGCAUCCACUGCCAGACGUGUGAAUGAAGGAUCCUGCAGACGGAUGGUUCCAGUCUCCAGCUUUCGAGUCUUCCAGCUUCGACCCCAGACAUCAUGGAGGAGAGGCAAGCCAUCUCCACCCCCACUGCACUCCAUCCAAACUCCUGAUCCACAGAGCCCAUAAAGCCCCAGGCCUCUUUCCCAUUCCUUAGCUGAAGAUGGCAUGUAAGCCUCAAUUGCCCGACUGACUGCCUUUGAGUCUCCAGUCUUCAUGGGCUCCUGUAAGUACGCAAUUAAAUUUGUUUUCUCCUGUUAAUCUGUCCUAUGUCUAAUUAUUAGACCAGCCAAAGAAACUAGAAGGAAAGGAGAAAUUUUUCCGCCUCUACAAUGUGGUGUGUGUGUGUGCUUGUGUGUGUGUGUGUGUUGUGUGUGUGUGCUAAAGCAGGCAGGGUUGUGUCUGUCUGUGUGUGCUAGGGUGUUCAUUUCUCUUAGGCAUCUUGGCUAUUUCUGUAGUGACUUCUCUCCUAGGCUGUGUGUUUUCCAUGUUUCCUACAAACUUGUGAAUGUGCACCUGUAACUGUGGUUCCUUGACUUUGCUGGGUCAGUAUUGUAGUAGGAUGGGCAGACUUCCUUAUGUAAGCCUUCCUGCCUCUCCAGAGAUGGGGCUUGUGGCUGAACCUUCUCAAACUGUCUGUGAGCCCCUCUCCAGCAGCCACAUGUCCCGACAUGUGCCCGCAGUCCGGAAUUUUACCCGCCUCCACUCACAAAUCACACACUCACGACACACACUUAGGCGCCUACGGUUGCACUGGCCAAGUCUCCACCCCCUCCCUUUGCUUAAACUUCGGAAUUUCCAGCCGACCGGCCAACCGCUCCCAGCAGCGGGUGGAGUUGAGAAGGGCCCGCCCAGUUCUCGGGGUACAAAACUAGCUCUGCAGGACUGCGCGGCCACUUGUCCUUCAGCUCUGCGCACAAUGUGUCACUCUCGAAGCUCCCUCCCCACCAUGACCGUCCUGCGGGCUCCGACCUCGGUCCCCUCCACCAGCCCGGGACCCCAACGGGGCUCCGGCCCCGAGAUCUUCACCUUCGAUCCUCUCCCGGAGACCGCGGUGGCCCCCGCUGCGCGCCCCAGCGCCUCCCGCGGGCACCGAAAGCGCAGCCGUAGGGUCCUCUACCCACGAGUGGUCCGGCGUCAGCUGCCAGUCGAGGAUCCGAACCCUGCCAAAAGGCUGCUCUUUCUCCUGCUCACCAUCAUCUUCUGCCAGAUCCUGAUGGCUGAAGAGGGUGUGUCGACACCCCUGGUCCCGGAGGACACCCCCAGCGCGCAGUCCCCCGCGCCCACCGUUGUGCCCCCGGUCCUCGAGCCCCUUAAUCUGACCUCGGAGCCCUCGGACUACGCUUUGGACCUCAGCACUUUUCUCCAGCAACACCCUGCCGCCUUCUAACCGGACUCUCCACACCCCCAGAAGAAUCUGAAAAACCAAGAAACACUGGGUGUACCUGGUGGGAGAAAGAGCGUAUCCCAAACUGGGACUCCCAAGGCAACUCGCACUCAGAACACUACAGCGGAGAUGCCAGCCCGAGCCUGGGAGAGACAGGCACCGACACGCCGGGGCUAGGCCGGGUGGCAGGAGACUUACCCGGCUAGGCCGGGUGGCAGGAGAGCGUCGUUAUUUCUCAUUGCUCCUAAUAAUAUUUAUAUGUAUUUAUGUGUGUCCCCCUAGGUGAUGGAGGGGUGUAUGUAAUAUUUAUUUUAACUUAUGCAGGAGUGCGAGAUGUGCUCCUUGCUGCAAAUGCAGAUCUCUGGGUAUUUAUUGGGCUCUGGGGGAUUGGUGGAGGCCGGCGCCCAGAACUGAACGAGGCUGGGAAGAGGGAUGGAGGAAACCCGGGUCCGAGAAGGCGCCCGGGCUGGGAGUCAAGGACGGUGGUGGGUCGUAGUAGGUUUAGCAGGUGACAUACUCAGCCCUCCAGCAUCUCAACUCGCGGGUCUACUGUGUGAGGCUUCGGCGGACCGUUGAGAAUAAGGUCCUUGGCCUUCGAUCUCCUCGAAGUUGCCCCCAAGGGGUGGCUGCGGGGUCGAUGGGCUGUCAGGGGGUGGCUAUGGGGUCGCCCGGUAUGUUCUGUGAACACAAAUAAACUUGAUUUACC